AUGUAUCCAAUGUGGAACAAACGUGGUGAGAAAAUCGAUUGUACUAUUCUUCAGGUUCGUCGCGUUAGACUUUCUAACAUGUUACGUAAGACUAGUUUGCGGAGUAGUUUAUUCAGUUUGUCGAUACGUUGAGCAGUUCUCGUCACUUUCCCUCGAUCACCAAAUUGUGCACGCUCAUGUUUCUUUAACCAUAUUUGGCAUUUUUCGUUUAAUUGACACCGUUUAUAGUAUGCACACGUCGAGCUGUCUUCCAACAGUUUGAUCUCGAGAGGAAGAUGUAAAACAUAAAAAUUAAAGUCCUUCAAAUUUCAUAUGCACGCGGUCGAGGGCUUAAGUGACAGUUUUUACCGAAACGGCACUAACUUUGCGGACUGCACCUUUUUGCAGGGUUCUCGUAAACAUUAGGCUUCGCGGUCCAAAAACGACACCAUUAGAAAUUUUGAAGACGCAGAUAAAGUACCUUAGGUUAACCAGGAGGCCUGGGAGACGCCUGAACAAGACAUUAAAGCGAAAGCGGCUACAUUCGAGACCGGUCUAAUAAUGAGGGUUGGGGCGAAGCUAUAACCACGCGCGUCGGGAAUGCUGCAGACCGCCGCCGUUAGAUCUCAGCCCCGUGUCGCAACACAAACGAGACUUCCUAAACAUGUGACGAUUCUGGAACAGGGGCAUCAACAAGACUAGCGUCAAGAUAAUUCUUAUGCAAUGGUCCCUCCACCUUUGGAUGGUAUACGUCUGUCGUCUGAGUACGAUUUUUCUUCCUUGCCUUCGAUCAGAAGUUCGUGUUUUGACUAGUAUGAUCCUUUAUCCGUAACGACCAUAGAAUUGACAUAAUCCGCCUUCAACGCAGUUGGGCGACUGGGAUCCUACGGUGCAGUAGACUUUUUGUUUCCAGUCUUACAGAACUGUUGGCCAGGUUACUCCUGACAACAAGUGCGCUUUUUGAUUGGCAUUUACGAUCGUGGCACUAAUUCGCAUAGACAAGUCCCUGCCGCUCCGACCUACCGCACGACCGAAUCAUCACACACCAUUUUUCACUGCGUCAGCGAUGUUAGGUGUCAUCAGCUAGUAAUGAAACUCCCCGUUCGAGACGCGGGGUUUGCAAAUCGAGUCCAAAAACGUCUACGAUGUACUGACUCCCAAAUAUUUCAGUAUUUCGCUUUCCAGCAACCUGUAGGAAUCGCAUAUUUAUGUAGCGGUAUUAAAAGUUAACUUUGAUUAGAACCCCGUCAACCCUAGUUUUUCUCCCUUUCUGCUCAUACCGGGAGGCCGCAGGGUCCUCCUGGGAGGUUACAUAUUCCAUGUAUCGAACAUGUUUUUCUUCUUGGCCUUGACCUGUUGCUUCAGACCUUUAGUCUUUAAGAGACGGAUGCACACUUGCGAUACAAGGCAGUCUAGCCGUAGUGUGGACUUCGCAACUUACAUUUUCAGUUUGGGUUUUCCGUAAAGACGGACCAUGCAACCAAGACCGGGUGCCAUUUAUUCAAUGAUUUUCAGACAGUUCGAUAUCACGGAACACGUGUUACCACGUAGACAGGUUGUUCUUUAGCAUAGCUGCUGGUUACCCGGCGCGUCCACAGGUGGCGGAUAGUGGGACGGCCCUCAGUGAAGGUUAGCUGCGGGAUAAGCAGACGCAGGUCUGAUGAAUAAGCGGUCGCAGACCAGAAACGGCAGUGGUGCGGAAGGCGGGGAUCUGGUACGCUGAAAGCCUUACAAAAAAGCCACAAAGGUCGAUGACGGCACUGUGACAUGGCGGCCGGGAACCGCCAUUAAAUAAGCCUUCUUGCCACCACUGCCACGUGGUUAAGCUUUUAAGCCAAAGCUCCAGAGGAGGCAACCUCGAAUAAACAAUCCGAGCGACUGUUGGGCACCCGCCUGUACUCAAACUUUUCAGGAAAAUAUGUCCGACUACAGUCUUACGACCCAUGCUGCGGCGUCCGCAGGAGCCGACGCGCUCUGCAACCCUGGUCCAGCGGUGCGGGCGAAUAGUUUGCGAGCUGGACUACUCAAUCGGGGCUGACUCUUGGCAUUAGAUGCUGGAAUGUGCGGACGUUUCUGGACCCCGGUACCGAUAAUCUGACCGCGCGCAGCCUUAGUCGCUGCGACAUGGGUGUUUGCUGUCUGUCUGAAGUUCGACUGUCUGUCUCAGGCUCUCGAGAAACAAAGAUCCCUGGAGUCGAAUCACACUACUGUGUACUACAGCGGCCCACGCGACUCUUCUGUUAGAAAUGAUGCGGCGAUCGCCCACUCACAACAAGCGGACCUCGCUUUACUUGUUUGGAAACCAGUCAAUGACCGGAUGGCCUAGUUGCGACUGAAGAGUCAUUUCACGAACAUCUCCAUUGCCUCUGUAUACGCACUAACUUCAGCUGCCGAACAGCGCGAUAUAAAGGCGUUUUACCCGCUGCCGCAAGCGUUAGUCGAAAGACUCCCUCGCCGUGAUCUGCUGAUUUCUGCCGGGAAUUGGAGUGGUCGGACUGGACCUGGCGACUCCACAAACAGUCAUCUUAUUGGCCGCUUUGGGCUUGGCUCUCGAUGUGAAAAUGGCGAGCGAUUGCUGAACUUCGCUGAUCAGAACCGACUGCUUGUCACCAACACGUGUUCCCAGCAUCAAACAAAUCUGCUGACCUGGUAUUCAAACGACGGUCAUACGUCCAGUCAGAUUUACUACAUACUAGUCAGCUCAAGGUUCUGCAGUUGGGUUCACGAUAGCAGAUCGAUGCAUGGUGCCGAGACUCGUAACACCCAUGGGCCGGACCAUGUCCUCGUUUGUACAUUCUUGAAAGUUCACCUCUCUUCUUCGCCAAAAAUACCACGCCUCGACGUCGCAAAAAUCCGACAGACCAGAACUGUCGAGGUCCUAAGCAGAGAAAUCCAGUCGUGUUUUACGACCCGAGCCGGCAGAGCAGGCAGUAACCAGUGGUCGUUACUGAAUACGUCAGUCUAUGGGACAGCUGAGAUAAUCCUUGGAUAUACCAAGCGACGCCGCAGUGACUGAAUCAGCGGGAGAACUCUGCUGUUGUCUGCUCAGACGGCUUGAGCUAGGUCCCGUAAUGAUGAUUCCUUCCGCCAACUUCGGAAGAUGACGGCAAAAUCGACCAGGGAUGACGAGAAGCAAUAUUGGGCUGAAAUUCAACCUCCGUGGAACAGGCCUCAGACGUUGGUGACACCCGGAAACUGUUCUAACUUAUCCGCCAAGUUAGUAGUAAGCUCCCUACUCUGAGUGACUCUGUUCGCAACGUGAAUGACGGCUGCAUUGCUGAAAACUCGACCAAAGUCGAGCGCUGGCAUGAGCGGUUUGAGCACCAUCUCAACUUGGCCACCCAGCCCACCACGCCCUCGGUCUCCUCUGAAGCAGAGUUUCUUCCCUCUGCAAACUAUGCGACCUUCCUCAUGAAGGAGAAGUCGCCGAUGCCACACGAAAACCACGCAAAAACAAGUCACCGGAAGAGGGCGGCAUAUCGGCUGAAAGCUACGAGUCUGCUGUCGAUACUCUGGCGCCCUGGCUCCAUAAGGUGAUUGAACAAGUGUGGAGAGAGGAAGUUGUUCCUGAUGACGGGCUCAGACAUCCUUGUACCUAUCCUCUAGAAGGGAGAUAAGACAUCAGCUGCCGAAUAGCGCCACAAAGAGGCUUUUUGCUCGCGGCUGCAAGCGUUAGUUAAAGUAUUCCCCUGCCGUGAUUUGCUGAUUGUUGUCGGGGUCUGGAAUGGCCGGACUGGACCUGGCAGCUGCUGCCGGUCGCUUUGGGCUUGGUUCUCGAUACGACAAUGGUGAGAGACUGCCGAAUGUUGCUGAUCCGAAUCAACCAUUUAUCACCGUCACAUGCGUUCAGCAUCGCCACAAACCUCUGCUGGUCUGGUAUUCAACUGACGGUCACACGACCAAUCAGAUCGACCACGUUAUAGUCAGCCCAAAGUUCAGCAUCUGGGUUCACCAUAGCAGAUCAAUGCGUAGUGCUUGAACUGGUAACGCCCAUGGGUCGGGCGGUGUUUUUGUUAGCACACGCUCAAAAAUUUGCUUCUAAUCCGCACCUCAAAUAUCAUGUACAUGACACCCUGAUGUCGCAAAACCGCAACAACCCAGCAACUCCGAGCCUCUGAGCAGAGAAGUCCGGUUCUGUUUUACGACCAGAGCCGACGUGGAACGCAGCAGCCAGUGGCCAUCAUUAAGAGAAGAAAAAGAUGCAAGAACUACCGCGGUGUAAGCCUCAUCGGCGUUGCUGCGAAGGCUUUUGCUGUUGCCCUCGGACGAUUCCAGUCUGUGCGUGACCAGGACGAGGCCCAACCAUGCGGGAUUCCGAGCUGGGCUGGCUGUGCGGACCAGAUAUUCAUACUGGACCCACCGUAGGUGCCAACGACGGACGGUUGUUUGCCUUGCUGUCCUCGCCGACGCGUUUGAUUCUGUCCAUCGUGAGUCCCUAUGAUGAAUUAUGAAACUAACUGUGUGCUUGCCAAAGGCAUCACCAUGGUCAAGGUCUUCCAUCGCUCUACCACCGUGUGAUCCCCCGUCCAUAACAACCUCUCCUAACCGUUCGGUCUCACAUCUGGCAUUCGACAGAAUUGUAUCCUGUCACCCAUUCUGUUCGACCACACCAUUGAAUGGAUUCUCGCGAAGGCCUUACACGAAGUUUACGCUAUUAAACUAGCACACAAACACCGGCUGACUGAUCUCGUCCACGCUGAUGCUAGUUUCAGGCUUUAGUGGUUUACAGUCUGGUGCAACGAGUGAGUGUGGUCUCAGUCGUCUUAUCCAUAAACGUUGAGAAGACUGAAAUGUUUUCAAUCUGCAUCCCGGACCAGGGAAAGGCAUUCCUAGAGAUUAAUGGCUGUCCACUUGAAGAAGUGGACAGUUCCGAAUACCUCGCAGGAGGGCUGCAGCCCAAUUAACAGAGUAAGGAAGACAUUGUUUCCUGAGUCUAUGCUGCUCACCGGGUUUUCUCAAUCCUUAGAAAUUGUAUUCGGACCCGGUGCGUCACCUCCAUCGUUGCGAAGAUUCGUGUGCAUCGUCCAGUCAGUGCUCUACGGUUAUGAAUUCUGGGUCGUGCGCGUGGAAGACAAGCGAAAAUCAAAGGUAUUCAAACACCACCGCUUUAGGACCAUCCAUCGAAUCAGGUACGCCGACUCAGACGAGACAGUCCGUCCUCGCGGCGACAACAUCGCAAGGAUUCUGCUGACCCUCCAAGAAAGAAGACUGAGGUGGUUUGGAGACGCUUUUCAUCGUCUACCUUACUAACUCAGUGUUGCUGCCAUCGAUCCGGCAUCGUUACCCGCCUGCAGGCGUUGAAAAUGAGGUUUACUCAAACUUGACUUGGCACAGAUUGUCGAGACAUGAAAGUACGUCUUGGGCUUUCGGUUUUCGGUAUUCGUAGCUCGCGAAGAGAAUGAGUCGACCUGUUCCGAUCAGCUGCCACUAAUCGUUACGCGUGGAAACGUACAGUUAUUGAUAUCAUCAAGGCCGGCUAGAUCCAGGUUCCUGCUCAAUUCUAAAGUGCGGGCGACCGCGGCAUGUUUAUCUCAUAGUUAAAUUGGACGGGCAGGAUGAAGUUAGCCCGUCGGGUCUCUGCGCCGACUGAAGGACAUUAAUUUGUCUGAACGAAUUGACAAUAUACCCCGAUAAAGCUCAGGGACUUGGAAAUAUACGAUCUUCCGGGGCCGCCCAGAAAGCACUUCUGUCGAGUAGAUCAGACGCCGCAAGGGGACCUAGGAGACAAUCAGUCGUCCCUGUUCUAUGAUCCACGCAGGGCAGAUAUUUUUCCAAUAUGACUCCUACCAUGACGAUGCGCGUCAUGUUUUCUUUUCUAACGUUUUAGAAGAAUAACAAGUAUAUUUUCCUUCGAGGUUGAUUGAGCUGACGCUCCUGCAUUUAGGGCUUGCAAACUUGCACCUCAUUUUCGGAGAAAAAGCAGGAUGGAAUGCCAUUUGUUUGAGACAGGCGUGGUGCGCCAUACACAUGAAAAUUCCAUCAUGAGCUCUUCAUGUGCAGCAUAAAGAAAUUUCUCAUAGGUCCGACUCUCCUCCCAUUAUUGGUUUUGAGGCUCGAAUUUUAGCGACAGGUGGCUGCACAGCCACAAUCGCAGCCGAAAUAGCAAGGGCAGCUUUGGUGAGUGUUUCUCCGAACACAUUAGGCGAUGAUGGGUUUAUCGACUUAUCACCGUGCCCCUUACUCAGCGAGCUAACUGCCAAACUUGUCCUCGUUUUGCUCGUUUGCCAGAAAGUGGCAUUUUCGUCUAGCGAACCGUUAUGCAGCUAGAGCACUCGUUUGUCGCUGACCUCUGGAGCACGUUUUUUUAAAAAAAAUAUGACACUACCUUCACCGACUUCGUCCAGCCUCCACUGAGCAUGCCGUGUGACAGUACAGUUCCUAAAUUGCGUAUAUCUGUCGUUUCGGGUGCGUCGAAAGUUCGGCCUACGCCUUAUUUUUUCAUAGUUAAGGUUUGCCGUACCCUUCCGAGCGUUCUGUGCAAUCAUGGUGGUAGAUCGAGCUCAGCGUUCGUUAUAAAGUUUAGAAGCUUGUCAAUCACCUAACAAAUAAAAGGUGAGGAAAUAAGGACAUUCCAGGGCCGACCUCCCCAUCGACACUGCUGCCCAGUCCAAGUCAGGCGGCGGAAAAUUUCGGCUAUUUGCACACUGCAUGACGCUUACAUUGCCCAAAAUAGGUUCACCAUCCCACAUCGUCAUUGCUUAUUAUCAUGGGGACUUAAUCACUAACGAUUGGGUCGGUUUGUUUCUCGACAGUGGCACUGUUCUUGCGAUGAGUCGGCGUUAAAUUCACCUCAAGGAGGUUGUCAACUGUGUGUAUUCUCUUCUACAAGAUUAACUCCACUUGCGCCUUUCUGUCGAAGGAAGCUUACUAAACGCCAACUUCAGGCUUCAGUUGAGGCGAGUUCGCUGCCUCUAUUCGUUUGCUGUCUUUCAGUUUCUCGAAACGGAACGUACACUUCGGGCUACAUUACUGCGAUAAAAUAUGAUCAAGUUCUUGCGUUCGACUGCUGUGCACUGUAACCCCGUCAUCCACCCUCGGUCUACCCGACCUAUGGACUCCUUUAACCCUUGUUUGAUCGCUGGGUCUGCGCGGCCCGGAGUUGGUGUUUAGUUGACUGACAUGGCAAAAUAAUUAGUAAGCGACCUUUUCGGCAACACUUCCCCGGUCAUAUAUUGCGCGUCACUGUUCGACCUACGACGUCUCAAGACCGUAGUUCCAUUGUAAAUCAGAAGACCCGCAUUUCACCCUAUAGGCAAGUUGAUGAGCAUCGCUCCUAUGCGAUUUCACAAGUCCUCCUUAUCUUCUGCACUGCAGGACGUAACCCAAGUGUGAGUUGCUUUGGUAAGCCGGUCCUUUGAAGGGUUGCCACCAAAUCUGCCUACGGUGUAAAUAUUUAUUCAUUUUCAGAGGAUUGUUGGUUACACGUCGUUUUCUAAUUUUCUGACCUGUUUCAGUCUAUCUAUAUUGGGUUACUUCUGAAAGGUGAUAUGAUUUAGCUUAGUUAACCAGGUCGCCUUCCAUCUGCAUCUAUGACAAAUACCGACUGCCCAUAGACUAGAACUCUUGACCCCGAUUGUCGUUUCUCCGCCUUGUAAAGUUUUCUGACUGUUUUCGUAUUAUCUUAUUCUGCAUCGAACAAAACAAUUAUUGCUACUUACUACAACCAUGUAAUAUCUCAAAUUUGCGCUGUUUUAGGUUCCGGAUAAUCAUGCGCUACGAUACGUACCGCCGGAUCAGUUAGACAACUACCUAAGUUUACGUGAUCCUCGUGGCGACUGGUUGAACAAUCAACGACUGCCUUCUUGGAUCACUCAGAAAAGGUGGGGUUUGCAAAUAGUGGGGGCAAUGAGUGCCGAUCCGAUUGAAUUCACGCCGGAGUGGUGCGGUCUCUUUACCAGUGCCGGCGUUGCUCCUAAACGUAAAAUUUCCCGCUUCCUCGUCAGCCCUGAUGCUGCUCUUGAUCCUGGUAAGUUGUCUACACGUCUAACUUGGGCUAGGUCUUCUGUUUUUGAUUUUUUAAAUUUCCCUUUGUUUGAGGAUCGGGAAGUCCCUAAAGCCUGUUUCCCCGAAUGCUGAUGCUAGUAGAACUUCUUAUACUAGUAGAGACAGGGAUCUGAUCUGGAUUGGUUUGGAGAGAGAGAGAGUCGGAGAUAGAGACAGGUCAGAUGCCUAAACUAUCCGUUUGCACGCCAUAACUCAAACCCCCUGCAGCAGUUCACGGUUUGAGACAACCCAAGGGCAGCAACGAACGAUGCAAGUAUUUCUACCGCCUCUCCGUGUUCCUUUUUAUCAGAAAACCAGGUCAGACCAUCUGGCGGUGAGCUCGUAACGUGUGACAGAUGGAAAACACAUCAAUGCAUGUGUUGAUUGGGCGUAGCCCAAAAUCCAGACCCCAAGUAACUUUCGGCAUGUUUUAGUGACAACUAAUCUCGUAUUCUUUUGCUGCCCGCCAAGCCGAACUUUUGCUUGUCCCCAAAGGUGGCCAGCAACUUGGGAUAGCGCAUCUGCCCUGAGCACUGCCCGUUUUUUGUCGCGCACUUAUAUGUCGAGUCUUUGUGUUAUUCGGUUUGUGUUACUAGUGGACAGGGCAGGGAAUAGAGAGUGAGAUCGACUCAGCGCCGUUUCCUCACUAUAUAAACAAUCUGACGCGCUUCAAUCUAACAUGGCGCGCUAAAAGUCGUGGCUUUGCUGCCAAUUGACGGGAUAAGUCGGUGCUCGCAGUCAGGCCAGUGUGUGCAGUCGACCGGUGGGCUGAGUGUCAGGCUACUUCCUGAUGUGCCCUUUAUGUCACUCCCACUCCGAGCCGCCCCUUGUUUGUGCAAGAACUUGAUCCGUCGUGCGCUAGAAUUGUCGUCGUCGUCGUGUCGCCGUCUAUAAUUGUCGGCCACUCUGUCUCCCAUCUCGCCUUUAGGCCUUUUGGCACCGGACUCUGGUGAUUUGGAGAGUAGAAAGAGGGUGUGGUAGGUGCCGUGCAAGUCCCCCUAUCAAUCCAAACUAGUUCACGCUCCAGUCACCGUACCUGCGCCCACCCUACUCGCGAUGGUCAAACUGUCGAACUAUGGUGGUAGUUGCGGUAGGAAGUUGAUAACUGCCAGUCUUGAUCAGCCUAACUCCUCCACAGGCAAUACCACGACCUAGCUCUUGCAGUGCGUCCCGACAAUUUGAAGACACUUCCAGUGUAUAGGAGGUAGAGCCAUAUGCGUUAGACUGAGGUGCACGCCACGUCAGCCAUUGCAUUCAAUCUCACCUCUAAUUGACGUUACUCAAACUAGCGACUUAUACGUGGGCGAGGGGGGGGGCAGUGGAAGAAGGAUAUUGAUCUAACACUUAGUCUUUUCACUAUGAGCAAACAAACGCGCUCUUGAACUAUCUCAACGCACUGAGAGCCUUGGCUUAGAAUGGUGCCAGUUGACCAAAUAGCCUGGUCCAGUCCACAACGAGAGUAUCGAAUUACAAUGGCUCCUUAAUGUGGGCCUUAUGACAGUGAUAAAUCUCGUCCCUUUAGUAUCCAACGGUCGUGGCUGUGCCGAUUGCACAGGCUUGUGUCGAACUCACCAUUCAGCGUUCGCGUAAAUAAAUUAUGUACGUGUCAAACAUGGGGGGGGGGGGGAAUUUCGUUGAAUACUUUUAUUCCGCCUGCAACUACGGACCUGGCGGUUUGAGCCGCGAAUUCGCGGUCCAUUUUUCUGAUAAUGAAUUGAUAACAAGUUAGAUUGCGAUUGCGGUUGUGUUAACUUUUUACCAACUCGGUUUUACGCUUCAGAAACUUUUUAAGACCGUGAAAUGUCCAUUCAUAUUGCAUCUUAUCUGCCUGAUUUUCUGUCCAUGGAAAGAAUACGGCAUGUAGUUUGGAAACCCUAAGCACAAGUCCAACCGCAGGUCGGUUUCAAAAUUAUUCGGGAUUGGGGAAGUUUUUAAAACGCAAACGUACCCUUCUCUUUAAGUAUCUAAUUUGCCAUCAAAUGCGUGCGAGAACAAUAUUUUUGACUAUGUUUCCUAUGCAAUAUAUUUAGAAGGGAGUUGAAGAUGGAUGAGGGAAAUUAAUAUUACUGAAGUAGUCAUCUUUACCCAGUGUGGUUGUUGAAGGCGGUUGGAAAGGGGUUAUUUAAAAGCCAGCUCCCUGGCGGGGCUGAAACAUCUUGGGACUAUGCCGUCCACUGGACAAUACUACAACCCCCUCUAGACAAUCCUUUCUAAUCGAAAGUGCAUUUUAGAAUUUCGACCAAAAUUUCGUGAGAUAAGCCAGCUGGUGCCUGUACUCUAGUUCGCAGACAUCAGAGGUCUCGAGUGCCGCAGUACGUUCAAAACAAUCUAUUUUAACCGUGGUGUCCGGAACCUUAUCGAUGCCUCCGUCCACUGAUUAAAAUCAUUCUGUAACUCCCACUACACCUGCUGGUGAAACAGGAUACGUAUUUACGAGCACUACCGUCGGGCCGUCUGCAGACUCAACCUGCUAUCCGAAAAACAUUGGUCUGAAAUUCGCUUAAGGAAGGAGCGGUUGGGGUUAACUGUACAUGUUUAAACUACUUUUGUCUUGAAGAGUCCCGUCUGUUGGUGAGAUCGGCCGACGUUAUUUGCGGAGGUCCGCCUCAUCGGACUCGCGAGAGCCUCUUAUGAACUAGUUCUUGGCACCUAAGUGCUUCAUUUUUUUCUCUUCAGGCACUCCGAUUUACAUGCAACACUUUCGUAUCGGCGACUACGUCGAUGUGACUGCCAGAACGUAAGUACUAUUUCCAUACGUGUGCAUCUCGAGCAAGUUCGCUUUCACACACUUUUUAUAACUGCCAGACAUGUUCGCAUUCUUAAACCGUGUGUAUCAUUGUGCUCAUUUGAUUUCAUACCUUCCAAGAGGCACAUUCAAUUGCCCACCGGGCAACUUAACGUGGCAAUUUGGGCAGCCUAUUUCGUGUUACCCUACUUUGUAUUAGAUCAAGUCUUUGAAUGGUUAUUUUUUCAGACUGACAAAAUGCAUAGGUAUUUGGGCAGUUUUUUGAAUAAUUCACAUUGGCCCAACUGUGAAAAACUCGGGUCCUCGGUGGGAUUCGAACCCACUCAGUAAGGGGAAGGCCUUAGUACAGCCAAAGCUCUAACCAAUUGAGUUACCUGGCCCCGCCGGAGGACGCGAGUUUAAUCAUAUUUGGGUAAGUUACCCGCCCAACCUACUGCAACGUCCGGAAUCCACCAAAUCUGAUAUAGUAAGUUGACUGCCCAAGCAGGAUUUCCUAAGUAAUUCACCUAGAAUCCACCAGAUGACUACUAGGCUCACUUAAAGCCUUCCCCUUACUGCGGGGGGUUCGAAUCCCACCGAGGCGCCGAGUUUUUCACAGCUAGGUCAAUAUGGACUGAAGAAAAUACUUCAAAAUGUAAAUUACCUGUGAGCCACCGGCCAUUUCUGACGUUUACUCAUCCGCCCGACAGAAAUGCGCACGUAUCCCCCUCGUUUGUUGUAGAUAAUUGCAGAAGUACAUACUGCGCACACUCCCCGUAACUAGGAUGAAGGUAGAUAUUAUGUUGUCUUUUCGAGUGAAGUAGGAUAGCUGGUUUUUUUAGGAGACUUCUUCGAUUUGAGGGCGAAACUUCGAGUUGCAGGUGUAUCCAUGAGUGAAGAAGAAGAAGAAGAAGAGGGUUUGAGCACCGGAACACUGUGUUUAUUGUCCUGAGCUUUCGGACUCCUGCAGGAGUCCAUCGCCAGAGAUUUGUUUUCGUCUUCGAUUUGUGUUAGUUCGAAAAUGCAGCUUCGACGUAAGUGACUGGACCACUGAACGCAUCCUGUUGUUAGGUAUCUUCUAAGCACAAGAUGCCUGUCUUGACAGAUGUUUCUUAUACUCACAACUUGGUCUUCUGACCAAUACUAUGCCGGUGCCGGGAUAUUCAACGGAAUCCGCGCAAGUGGUUGGUCUUUACCCCGGUCGUUUGGCAGAAAGUUCGGCCUGAGAUGGCAGAAACUGUUCUCCUACUCAAGAGUUUCGCCGUUUACCACGACCAGACAAAUACGUUGACUGCGAAAUCCGAGGUGACCGUCUCUGUUUUUGAUCUGUUACUUUUCAAAGCCACCUCGGUCACAUUCAUACCUACCUGUAAGACUCCACACUGCACUUCUAAAAAACAGUUUACUGUCACCGCAACAGAUCCGUUAUACACAGAUCAUGAUCUACUGUGACAUCAGGGUGGUCUGCCAACUUGUCCUGAAGAACCGCGCAUACCAUAUGACUAGACACAUCCAGUGAAAAAACACUGCUUUGACAGCCGCAUGCCUUUCUUGGGGAUUGACAUAAAAACAACGCCUCCUGCCAUCCUGCCUACAUCACGCGCCGCUGUGCGGUUGCUGGUGGGGCUCGAGAGAGAGAGCACAACGGAACGAGCGAGUCCCGUAAAAAAGACCGGUGAGCGCCCCUGUACCAUUAUUGAAAACGCGCAUCUCAGGAAAUUUAAUUAGGAGGAUGGAGUUCCUUGGGAAACUACAAAUUAACACAGUAAAAUCUGCAGCUUCCCAAUGCAUGUUACACCGUACUCCUGACAUAGGUUCUAACUAAAAGCCCACACACGUGUUUAGCCCAUGUCCUGCCGAUGCCUGACACAGCUACGAGGGAUUCGGCUCCUCAGUGGGCCCUCGCAGCUGUGUCACGCAGCGGCAGAACAUGGGCGAAACACGUGUCUGGGCUUUUAGUUAGUACCUAUGUCGGGAGUACGGUAAAGUACGUCGGCCAUAUGCAUUUCAUACUACUCGUAGUACCACUUGUUUGUAGAAUGGACAUUACGUGGUUAUUCCACAUUCCGGCCUCCCUUGUCUUUGUCGGUACCAUCCCAUAUAUUUAUAUAGAGCGGCUAGGAAGGACGGCAGAAAAUGCGGGUAGAUUGAUAUAGUAUUGUUUCGGGCAUAUUCUGCCUUCAUUCAGCCAAUGAUAACCGUGACCAGCAGCUGGGACCAGAAACACAAGCAUGCGCACAGACGCACCUGGCGCAGUUGGUCCACCACUGGGGUCUACCAAUUGGGUCAUAUGUGUAUAAAUAAUGGUAGGGGGCGCUCACCGAUCGUUCUUACGGAACCCACUCGUUCCGUUGUGCCUUACGGGCUCUCUGGAGCCUAACCAGCAGCCGCACAGCGGCGCAUGAUAUAGGCAGUAUGUUAUUACCGACAAGGACAAGGGAGACUGGAAUUGCCAUUUCUGGCUUAUUGGCCGUCGUCAGCCAGUCGUGACCAACGCCGAAGUGUGGAACACCCGAGGCUCGAACUAGCGACCUGUUAGUUAGAAGUCCACGCCUCCAACCACUGGGCCACGAGCCCGUUGUCCUGUCGGUUUUCGAUCGGGAAUAUGCAAUGUUAGGGAGCACUCACCGAUCGUGUUACGGAACUCACUCGUCCCGCGUUGUGCGGGUUUUAUGCUAGAAUCCUGUCUGGUCGAAAGUUGGAUAAAAUACUCUAUGCCGGACUGCAAUGCCCGACAGUGAAGCUCUACGCUACACCUUUUUUCCCCUGGUCGUUGUGGCUUAUUCUUCUGUGUUUAUGACCCUGGUUCUAUUCCUGCGACUGUUAAUUCUGCCAUCAUCCGAAUGAGUUGCUGUAGCGACCUUCAGUUGCAAUUCGGAGUUCAAUUAUUGUAUGCUAGCCGAAUAAACAAAUGUUGAUCUUCUAUGGUACCGUCACAUCUACAUAUUCUCGUCAGGAUCGGUGUUCCUAGGUGUAAAAGUCCCUGCCCAGCCACUACUACAUACGACUAUUUCAAUGUUAGUUUCUUCUUCUUCUUCUUCUUCUUCUUCUUCUUCUUCUUCUUCUUCUUCUAGGGCUUCCUGAAAGAAUGUUCUGCUUACCCUUUUUGUUUAUCAAUCAGUUCGACCGUUACUUCACAUAUGCGAAACUGAUUUAAAUUUGAAUGAUUAGGCCCUGCUUGUGAAGGAUUAAUAAUCAAGAUACGCUGCCGAAAAAGAGGUUGACUGAAACGGUCAACUAACUGUACCCCAACCACAGGCAAAGCAAACCGGGGGGUUUCGAAUUCAGUCUCAGUUGACCAUUGAGUCGGCGCUAUACCGUCAAGUCCAUGGAUUAUGCUUUUUCGACUGCGGUUGGGACUACAGACAGUCGUAGGACUGGCAUCCCUUGAUCCAUCUUAGUCACAAGGUGGAAUACUGCCUAUGGAUGGAUGUCAUACAUCUGCAGCAACAGAUCCGAACUUGUUUUGUUUCAUGUUCUUUGGAAACCGCAGUUUUUGCAUAGCUUCCCAUAUUCGUCUACUGGCUUACUUUAGGAAAUACUACAACCCUACUCGAGGACUCUAAAGCGGUGAGGGCGAAAAAUCGAUGACAAUUUGAUGAGAACUGCAGGGCUUCUAACACACAUUAAGUUCUACUCUCAUGCGCACUUUACUCUUGGCAGAACUUGUUUAUGGACACCCUCCUGGAGCUGGCAACUAAAAUACAUCUUCGACCAUUUAUGAUGAUGUAAAGGCGUAGGUUGACGUCUGUGUGCCCCAUCUCCACAGUAGACCCUUUGGCCCCAACGACUUGUUUACGGCCCUCUGGUGGUUGUGAAAUGCUGUUAUUUUCAGUCUGCAUCUGAGAACUGUGUCUUGCUAGCAUUAUUUGCUCUUUUUCUGCACCUCCAGAAUCAAUCGUGGCUUUCAGGGUGUAAUUGAACGAUGGGGCAUGAGUGGUGGUCCUGCCCUUCAUGGCAGCACCAAGUUCCACCGACGCGUUGGCAGCCUGGCGGGUGCUGGGGUGAGUUUCUGUAGCAUCUAGCUGAUUCACACAUCAUUUGACGGCAGUCCUCUGUUAAUCACUUCGAACUUUCUUUUAGAAAAAAGUCAUUCGUGGCAAAAAGAUGCCCGGUGUAAUGGGCAAUCGUUACAGAUCACUGCGCGGACUGCAGGUUUGUUGUUCAGUCGAAAAUGGCAAAAAAGCUCUUACCCCUUUUCUUCGUGAACUGACCCCUAAUCCCUUGUUGUGUAACGGUUUAGAUUUUGCGUAUGAACCCCAGGUUGAAUCUUAUCUACCUUUCUGGACCGACCCCGGGACCGGUACACUCCUUCUGCCUGCUUCAUGACUCCUGGUUGAUCAAUAGGCAGCAUGAGCUUGCUGAAAAUCCCCCACCGAAUCCAACCUGGUUUCCUAACGAGCAGGAGUCCUUGAAGGCUGAGGAUAACCAACCAGGUUCGGUGGACUACUUCGAUGACUUUGCUGAGGAUGUCUAUCACGAGUCAAUCCAUCGAUACGAUGAGCCAAGCAUAACUUUCACGUCAUAG